AUGAGGCAGCGCAGAUGGCUUGAGCUAAUUAAAGACUAUGGCUGCACCAUUAGUUACUUCCCGAGAAAAGCUAAUGUAGUAGCUGAUGCAUUGAGUCGAAAGUUAGUGGGUGCAUCGGUUUCAGAAAUUGUUGUACAACAUCAGAUUAUGAUGGAUCUGGAGAGGUUGAGAGUAGAAAUGGUGGACAGGGAUCCAAUGGUGCGGAGUAAGCUGCAGACAGACUUCAAUGUUUCUGAGGAUGGAGUUCUCAUAUUUCACACCAGAUUAUGUGUGUCUGGCGAUGCAGAGAUUAAUAGGACGAUUCCGGAGGAAGCUCAUCGCUCUCUCUAUACUGUUAAGGUAGAGCACCAAAGGCUAGCAGGACCACUUCAGCCACUUAACAUUCCAAAGUGGAAGUGUGAGCGCAUCUCGAUGGAUUUUGUAACGAGGUUACCUGCAGAAGUGCAUAAGCAGAAUGUCAUCUGGGUUAUGGUGGAUUGGCUGAUGAAGACUGUGCAUUUCGUUCCCAUCAGAGCCAGCUAUUCCAUGAAUAAGCUCACAGAGCUAUAUAUGCAGCAGAUUGUACGACUCCACGGUAUCUUGAUUUUUAUCAUUUCAGAUUGA